AUGGAAUUUGCGAUUUCCUCGAGCGAACGACGAACCGGUUUCACGGAACGCGAGGUCUGCCGGAUGGAACCAUCACAGACCAAACGCCGGCGCUGCGAGGGAUAUUCACCGGUCCCGACGCAACCUUGGCUUCAGGCCUUGUCCAAUCGUGAAUCGUGCUUUGCAAAAACAUUGCAUUUGGUAGAUCUGUUUCCCUCCAGCGAUCAGCAGGAGAAAGACAACCACUCUAUUCGCCAGAGUAGUGGAUUCACGCUACGGCUGGAACAUCGACAGGGAGGUGCCGUAGCGCGGCAUCCUGGCGAAGAACGAAUAUUAUUGUUCCGUUCGGAUCAACCUGGAGCUAUUGCCAAAGUUAUAUACUCCUUGGAGGAACAGAAAAUGCAGCAAGAGCAUGACGAGCAGGCCAAAAUUUACGUCCUUGAUGUCAAAGCACCGUACCGGGGCUACGAUUUUGGGGGUUUACUGUUUCGGGAAGCGCUCGCUUCGUUGCGGCAUCGCUACCAAACACAAGCAAAACAAAGGUUGCAAGCGUUUGGGAACACACCUCGCUCGUCUUGCAACAAUGGCGUCCCGUCCUCUCUGCAAUGUGUUUUGGACGCGGAAGAGGAUGUAGAAAGGCACGACAAACUUGUUAAUUUUUACAAGCGCAUGGGAUGUGCAGUAAAGCCCGACGCCAAGAUUCAGUACCUCCAUAACAAUGACGGAACAACCUACCGAAAGAUUACAAUGCUAAGAACGAUUCUUUUUGAAGAAGCCACUGCGAGACGUGAUACUUCAAAGUACAAAAAAACUGAUACAGAAUCUCUAGUGGGGCGCAACGGAGGCUUUUUGCCGGUAAUUCUUUUGCAAGCUCCGGGAAAACGAGCAGGUUGUGCAACGGAACAGCUGUAUCACAUUGCGCAACGUGUUGAGCAACACUGGCUUUUGGUGGAAGACGGCUUUGGACAGGUUGAGCUGUGGACAACAUGCGGGCGUUGUCUCUUUGUGACUGAGGAAGGUCGAUGCAAAACGGAUGGUGGUAGCAGUGCAACGCACGAAGCCUGCAAAUUUCGCUUGCUUCGAUUUUCGGACGCGACUCAGACGCUCAAUGAUGACGAGAACGAUUCGGACGAACACAUUCCGGAAGCCCGUCUAAAAGAACUUUGGAUGCUCCAAUCAUCCAGAGGGCUCUUCCUUUGUUUGGACGCAAAAUCAUCUGUCAUGUCAUGCUCCAGAACACCGGCGUUUUGGCAGGCGUCACGUGACAACUUUAGCCUCACGUGUACGACCGACACGCCACCGCGGCGUCAACACUAUCGCCAGCAAUGGAAGGCGCAGACCGUUGAUUACGUGUACGCGAUGCGGGAUCGCUAUUUGAAAUUCAACCACGGCUCUCUGACCAUCAGACAAGCGCUCGACGCAGUUCAAGCCUUGCCAGAGUAUCCCUUUGAUAUUUCGGGACGUAGCGUUUCGCUAAGGACGCGUUGUUUUCGAACCGCCGAAAUCGCGCGUCACGCCGGACACCCAGACUGGGUGCAACUUCUUGCACUUAUGUACUGCCUGGGAUCAGUCGCGCAUGUUUUGGAAACAUACAAAGGCAACCAGAAUGAAUACAACUGGACAAUUUCUAGUCGAGGUUGGAUUGUUGGGUGCGCACCGCCUUUGACGACUGUCUUUUCAGAGUUCCGAAGCCUUAAUCAGGAUACGUCGGACUCUCGUUACUCAAGUCUUUAUGGCAUGUAUCAUCAGCAUGUUGGUCUUUCCAACGUGCUUUUGACCUGGACAGGUCCGGAGUACCUCUACCACGUUCUCCAGCACAAUGAUGUAAGCCUGCCCGAAGAGGGUUUAACUAUGCUGCGACUUGCGUCUAUCUUCGAUUGGCACAGUAAUAAUCAGUACCUGCACUUGUGCAACGAUGAUGAUCAAGAAGUACGCGCAUUGUGUGCCGACUUCGACACAGUGAUGCGGGACACAUCGUCGCAAUGUAACGGAGCUACGGAGUGGACUGAUGCCGAAUGCGAGAGUUUGUGGGUCAACCACUACGGCGACAUUGCGGCCAAGUACGAUGUGGAUGGGGUUUUGGAGUGGUAA